AUGUUGACUAGUAAAAUGUGUGGAGAAUUUGAAAGUAUAUGGAAGCUUUUUCCCGAUGAUUUAAAUGCAUCUGGGGAAUAUUCUAUUAGUGGUGGAACGAUCAAAAACUACUGCCCUAAAAAAAAAUGUGAUAGUAACGUCAAUAAGAUUCAUGCUGGAUGUUUAUGGUUAUUUAAACAAUUUUAUGGAAGUUCAUAUAAUUUUUCGAAUAAUGCAAAUGGAAAUAUGAAUGUUGUUGUAUACAUUAUGAUUUGGUUAAGCCAUAAAUUAAAUAAAAUGUUAAAUACACAAUUUUCCAAUCUAAAUGAAUUUUAUAGUAAGCAUAUGCAAAAUACCGAUGAGUAUAAAAAUCAUAUAGAUGAUGUUACGGGAUAUACAAAUUAUAUUGAUCUUAUAAAUCAAAAAAAAGAAUUGAUGAAUAUUAAUAUUAGUGUUAUGUCUAAAUUUUAUGGUUUACUUAAAAUCUUAUGCAAUAUGCAUAUUAAUGUUGGUAAAAAAGACAUGUUCAAUACAUAUUCCGAAUGUUCUAAUAAAUUUAUUAAAAUAUAUAAUGAACUUAAUGAAGAUUCUAAUUAUAAUGAAAAUAGUUCAUAUAAUAAAAUAAUGUCUAUAUUAUCAAAUGAUUAUAAUGAUCUUAAAGGGCAAGUUAAAAGUUAUGAUAUGCCAACAUUACAAACAAAGCCUAUACCGAAAAAAAAAACACAAAUGGAUGACUCCACGAGUGGAAUAUCAACAUCAAUGUCUGGAAUUGAAGUAUCAAGUUUUGAAACUCAAGUAUCAGAUUCUGAUUCAACAUCAUCAAGUUCAUCGAUAUUAAAUAAAUUAAUUUCAAUACCAUUUAUAUUUGUUGCAACAUUGAUUUUAUUAGGAAUUGCAUAUAAGUAUUCGUUAUUUGGAUUUCGGAAACGAUCUCAAAAACAAUAUUUAAGAGAAAAAAUAAAAAAUAUAAAGAAUAAAACUGAUCAUUAA